GAAGAAUUGAAUAGACUUUUGUAGGGUGGCUUCUAACAAGGUCAAAUGUAUUUAAAUCUGUGUUUAUUGUAUACCGAGUGUGUAUACAAAUUGAAAUGUUUAAACUUUAAAAAUAUCCAAUUAUCCCUAUAUUCGUAUACUCCUCCCUUCUGAAUGUAUUAAUAUUUAAAUUUUGACCAGUUCGUACUUAUUCGAACCCAAUAAGAUAAUAAUAACAAUCUUUUCAGUUUAUUAAAAUGACUUCCGCCAUUGUGGAUCUAGACAGUUCAGCGGAUGAUGAUUUUUAUGAUUUCUCUGACGAAAGUAUCACUGCCAGGGAGAAAAUAUGCUCGAUUCCAGACACCAUAUUACAAUACAACGCUAGAAUCAGAUCCAAUCGAAAUGUAAGCAUAUUCGAUACCGAUCCUGAAUAUUCUAAUGACGGAAUCACUUAUUUAUGUCCCGGUAGAGGACGAGGAAGUGUCUCUACAAUAUUUAGACCGGGCCAACCAUUUAACUAUUCCGCCGACGACGAAGAGGAAAUAAAGAGAUUAUUGAAAAAGCAUUCAGGACACGUAUUCCGAAAUGAAGCUAUUGAAAUGAGGAUACAAAACGCCAAAAAGAAAAGUUCUUCUCCAAUGCCUAAGGACAGUAAGGACUCCGAAUUUUGCGAUGCUUCCGAAGAAACCAAUGAGGCUGUUCUUAAAUUAACCGAGGUAAAUUCUUCCUCGGAAUGUUCACCUCUAACUGUUAAUUCAGUUUGGCCCAAACUAGAAAAAAGAAAUACCUCACCAAAGAAGAAAAAUCUAGUUCCUCCUCCGUUGAGUGCCAUACUAAAAUCGGGAAGAGAGGAAGCAAAAACAAGAAAAGAAUCUGCUAAAUCUUCGCUAAACCCCUCAGCACCUGCAUUUUGUUAUGCAUCCUCGUCCCAUGACAAAGAAUCGAAUAGUCUCGACAGCAAUAAUUCUAGGAGCAAAGAAGCAUCGAAAAAAGAUAAACGGUUGAGUAGGAGACAACGACAUGCAGAUGUAUCUUGGAGGGAAAAAGACGACAAGACAGUAUCUCACUCUCCCCCGAUUCUGCGUAGUCCGCAUAAAGAAACGCACAAGACGUAUAAUAGUUCAUUCAAUGAGUUAUCUUCGUCAAGUAGUUCAAGUGCAUAUUUUGAUGAAGACGUAAUUAACGUUUCUGAUACUAGUAGCAGCGACCAUCAGUAUAGGCAAGCCACGUUACAAGGGAAAAAAUACCCUGCAAAGAGAACUUUUAAUAUUCAUUCUUCUGCCGAUUUUCCAACUUUGUCCUAA